AUGACCGACACCUAUGGCGGCACUGUCCACGAUGCAUGUACCGAUCCGGACGUCCAGUCAGCAGUCCAAUUCCAGUCGGCGACACAAAGAAAUGGUUCCAAUGUUUGCAGAAGCUUUGCCUGUGGUUCUCCGGAAAGACUUCGGAUGUUGUACUUGAUUCUUUAUUUCUGGAUAUUCUUGGCUAAAACGUCUGCGACACGAACGUCGGACCGCAUACGCGAUCAGAAGGUAGCGAAAGAAAAGGAAGAUGAGGAGGCAGCAAAGGCAGCCAAGGCAAAGAAGAUCGAGGAAGAUAUUCGCUUAUAUCAAGGUCUCCAAAAUAAUCCAGAACUCUGUUUCACAGACAUAUUGGACAGCUCCGGGCCCUUUGAGGUCAGACGUAGGAAACUAUGCCGAACAAAGGAUCAGAGUUUAAUUGGUAAGUGGGCGGUCAGCGCGGAAUGGGAGCUGGAGGACUUUUAUCCUGGGCAAAUCAUCAUUGCACCACACGCUUAUAGCGUGACGGAUAUUCUGGCAAAGUGGAACCCAGAGGGUGGAGAGAUCGCCAUGACUAAAGCUGGACCAUUUGGCGGUAAGAUGCGCUAUAUGGUUGUGCUAUGGACGACAGCUCAAGGACUGUUCUGCAUACCGAUGUUCACAAUCCAAAGAGGCUUCAACUCAAUACCCCAAGAGCGAAGGAAGGAUUAUGUCACCAUGGUUACAGAAGAUGUCCAUGAAGGCUUCGACAACCCCACCCCUUGGGCAGGCCAUCCGAUCAUUAUGACCAUAAAUCCAAAAAUCGCAUCAACUGAAAACUCAUCCCCUGUCAGCUACGCGGAGCUAAGUCAUCCAUGCAGUAUCAACAAGUUUCACUGCCUGAUCCCAAACGUCGGCUCCCUCGAUGGAGACGAGUACCUUCGUCUCCUCAGUCUAUUCAAGCUGAAAAUGGAUACUUGGCUGGCUGGGGCUUUCAAGAGAUUCGACGUUGACGAGUACAAAGAUGAGUACAUCCUUGAGACUCGUCCCGUUAUAGAACCAAGGUUGGACGAUGACCAGAUGGACGAGGUGUUGCAAACCUUUGCAGCAAAGGCAUUCCCUAAUCAGUUUCACUCGAGAAGAGCGAAGGCGAGGGAGACCUUUGGGCCAGUCAAGAAAGGUGUUAGUAAGAAAGGGAAGGGAAAGAAGAAGUAG